AUGCCACUGCACUUGCUCGGCAAAAAGUCAUGGAACGUCUACAAUGCCGACAACAUCGCUCGAGUCCGCCGCGACGAGGCUGCGGCCAAGGCGGCCGAAGAGGCUGAGGAGCAGCGCAUGCAGGAGAUUGACGCCCAGCGCCGACUUGCCAUCUUACGAGGAGAAGCGCCGCCGCCGGUCGAUGAGGCCAAGGACGGCGGCGAAUCCAGGGAUGUUGGGAUAUUGACGGACACCUCGCGCAACGAAUACGACGGUGGUGCGCGGCGCAAAAGAAAGCGACCUGGCGAAGACGAUACCGACUUCGAGCUGCGGCUCGCAAAGGACAGGAACGAGGCCCCGAAAAAGACACCCGGCGACGUGCGCCAGCAAACCAGCUCGGCGCCCAUAGUGGAUCGCACCGGCCACAUCGACCUCUUUGGAGACGAGCGAAGCAGAGCUCACGCCCAAAAGAAUGAGGAGGCAGAGGACGAGGCGCGGAAAAAGAAGAGAGAGUACGAGGACCAAUACACGAUGCGCUUCUCCAAUGCCGCGGGCAAGGAGGGGCUCGCCCGCCCGUGGUAUUCCCAACAAGACAUGAUGGCCUUGGGAGAAGCACCAUCAAAGGACGUGUGGGGCAACGAGGAUCCGCGACGAAAGGCGAGGGAAGCGCAGCGGCUGGCCGUCAAUGAUCCCUUGGCGAUGAUGAAGCGAGGCGCCGCCAAGGUCAGAGAGAUCGUCGUCGCAAAAGGGAAAGGAGGCAUCAUGAGAGGGACCGCGGGCACCGGCAUCGCUCACUUACUGGACGGUCCGAGAUGCGGCGGUCAAGAGACCGCAUCGAUAGAGUUGGAGAAGACCACAGCAAGAGGGGACGCAGAGAGGAAGAACGGCCCCGUCGACACGAUUCUCCUCGCCGGCCCAGAGACGCCAUGA